AUGAUUGCCAGACAGAAUCAAUCAGAGCAAUUGACAAGCAACGAGUGGCUUAUGUCAAAGCGUCUUGCCACGGCUACAAAGCUCUCCCCACUUUGGCGUGGCCCGUGGUCUUCAUACCUAUCGAACGAGGACAACGGUCGCUUCCAUGUCGCCGAGCAGAUCAAUUACCGUCGCGUAUUGCUCGGAGCAUCUCACAAAGUAGUCAAUACUAAGACGUUUACAAUGUCGACCUGUGGAAAGUAUCUCCUGGUUUGCUCUGGUCACGAUAUCUUUGUAUACCGCAUUGGAGAGGGUAGUGAGUCUAUGACGGCAAUUGUCAGGCUGGCAGCCGAUCGAGAUGUGCUCAAGGUCAGCAUGGACACAAGCUCUGCUAGAUAUGCGGUGGCUGCUUUAUUGGACAAUCGCACCGGUCUACUUUGGGACAUCGCUGAUAGAGCUGAAACGUCCCGAGAUGAGUCGCUUCUAAGCCGGGCACUGCUUCUCGGCAUCGGCACGGGUUCGCGCAGUCCUAGCACAACCGAAGAAAGCUCUGAGCCCUCAUCCUGUGCUCUGCCGCAUCGCAGAAGAGGCUUCAACUCAGAAGUGCAAGCACAUGAUGACUUCUUCGAGAUGGCCUGCCCUGAUGGGCGACUUCAGAGGCGAUCGGCCCACCACACUGCAUCCAGUGUGACGAUUCACCAGCAUCUCUUUGGGGAAGGGAUUUCUCUCACCGAGAGUCCCGAAGCCGAGGCUAAUGAUGCCUCUCUCGAUGACAGGCUACCCAUACAGGCCCGGCCAACUGCAGUAUAUCGAGAUCUUGGAACCUCCGACGAUCCUCCACGGAGCGUUGCCGUCUGUCCGCAGCGCAAUUGCGUCGCCUUCGGUAGCAGACUCGGCAUCGAGUUGCAUUGGGUUGACGCAUUGACUGGUAGUGACCUGAGCCGGUGGUUCCCUCUGCAUGCACCGAGUGACUACUUGUACUUUCUACCACAGCGAGCAGGCGUCGACUCCAGCAGAAAACUCAGGCUGAUCUCCAGUGCCCAAGGUCCGUCAACUCCAACAAUCACUCGUAGCGGCAGCAUGCCUGCAAGACUUCUUGUUCGAAGGCAAACUCACGACCGCGGCCGUCGACAGUCAAUGACGCGUCUAUUCUUCGGUAGCUUGCCCUUUCCAGCUGCAGCUGUACUACCCAGUAGCUGGUUGAACUCGGCAGAAAUUGACGAAGGAGAGCAGCAGGGCGUCUUGAGGACGGUUGACUGCGACCAUUACCAGGCGGUGCCGCUCAGCGAUGGCAACCAUGUAUUGUAUACCGAUCCCAUCAGCGGUCAACUUUGUCUCGGCAGUGAUGCACCAAUCGGUGCACCAAACAAGCUGGUCAGGAAAGUCCUUUUCAUCCCUCCUGACAUUACGACUGAUGACGAUGGCUGGGGGAGCUUGAUGGCAUGCUACAAUGCUGGGCAAGAGCUCCGGUGGGGUGUCCGCGUAGUCUCCGCACAUCGCGACGGCCGCAUCAUCCUUUACAACGUUCCAAGUGACCUUUUCUCCUACCUCCGCCACCUACGCAGCUCCUUGGAUGUCUGGGAUGAAACGGCGGGUGUCCUCGCCCAAAGCGAUCUACUCAUGGAUAACGUCCUAACAGCACACCCCAAUUCACUGGCUGACCCUGAUCACGGAAAUGAAGCCUCUCGGCCUACAGCUGAGAGCCCCUUUAGGACCAUCCAAGUUCAGGGCGUAGUCAUUGGACAUCUGAACCAAGAAAUUGUGGAUGACUUGGUAGUCACUACCGCAAAUGGAGGUGUCAGAGUAUGGAUAUUCUGCCGCAGUGGGCUAGCAAGGCUUCUUAAUCUCUACGUUCCUUCUGGCCACUGCAUUAGGUCUCGCUUCGUCAGCACCGACGGUCUGCUAUACGAUGAUCCACAGACCGUGAGAUCGACGGACCCAGAACCGUCUGAUAAGAGCUCCAAAGGUAAAGAGCGUGCGCACAGUGAUGAAGCUAGGAGUGAUGCCAACUGGACCUCGACUGACAACGUGUUGCUCUCAGGCUUCGACGGCACAUGCGAUAUUGAGGUUAACACGGUAGGUGGCGUCUGGAUCGCCGAUGCGCGAGUACACAACAUCCUGGACUGGUCUCAGUACGAGGAAGACAUACUCGAUGCGCUGAGCGCCUACCGCUCCGAGAUUGAGAUUUGCGGUUCCGGGGUCCAAGAUGGCUGGCUUUGCGCUGAGUUUCUCCCAAAGGGGUAG